CUGAAAGGGGAAGUAGGAGACGCUCACCCUGUCUCUCUCUGUGUCUGUCUCUCUCUAUGUCUGUCUAUCUGUGUCUGUCUAUCUGUGUCUGUCUCUCACUGUGUCUGUCUCUCUCCGUCUCUCGCUUUAUUGAGAGGUAGAGUGAGAGGCAGGUGAGGGGGUGAGAGGUGAGAGAGACUGCGGGAUGGAGACACCUGGGGCUUCAACUCCAGCCCAGGAAGAGGAACUUCGCUAGUAGCGUUUUAUGUCUUCAUUUGUGGAGAUACGAACUGAAGAUGCCCAUCGGAUCAUCAUCAUCAUCAUGAUAAGAAGAAGAGGGAGAAGAGGAAGUUGGUGGUUGGUGCUGGUGGUGGUCUCCGAACGGGGGAAGAUGCUCAUGGCGGUGCUGGCGCUGUGCUGCUGUGCCGGAUUGGUGGCUGCAACACCCACAGAGGAUCCAUGUCCUCUUGGAUUCUACCACGUAGAAGAACUUUGUUGUGAGCUGUGCAAGCCAGGGCAAUUCGUGCUGUUUGAAUGCAUGAAAAACAAUGGCCCCUCGACCUGUCUGGAAUGUCCUAACGGAUACUACACGGCCAUGGCUAACCACCUAUCAGGAUGUUUGAAAUGCACGCCCUGUGAUGAAGACGAGGACGUUGACCAGCCUUGCACCGGGAGCUCCGACACGCUGUGCCGAUGUAAAGCCGGUUUCCAGAGAGCAGAUGAUGGGUUAUGCAGUUCAACAGGAGGAGGCAAGACAGCGGGCAUUGUGGUGUCCGUGGUUCUGCUGCUUAUGCUUGUCGCUGCUGCUGCUGCUGCGUUCAUUUACAAGAUGAAGGGUGGAAGAUUUCCAUGCGAUUCAAUCGAAGUAAAAUUAAUCAAAGACAACCGUGCGGAGAUCAUCCGCCUUGUCUGCGACGAUCCGGGCAGCUUGCUGGACGAGGUGGAAUCGUUGGGAUACAAAAAUGUGUACAGCAGAGUCAUUGCUCAGAAAAAGGAGUGUCAAGGCGAAAGGCUCAUCGACGAGAUGAUUUCCCUUGGGCAGAAGGCUUGCCAGGACCUCAUUCGAGCCCUCGAAGCCGUGCAGGAUAAAUACGAAGGUCUACAGCAACUCCUGGACAUGAUACUCACUCCAACCUCUGGCCGACGUCAAGACGACUACGGCUCCGCUGGACGUCUGCUCGACAGAAAGCCGUCAGCCUCAGAGUAUGAUGCGGAUGAAAGAGAAUCGCAAACCACGACGCAGCCCGAUGGUCCCGAUGGAAACCAACGCGGAGCGGCCGACCCCAACGGACAUCGUCUGAAUUAUAAUGAAUAUGUCGAAGGGGAGCCUGGUAACUCUAAUCAGCAAGAAUUGGCUGCAUUGGGCCUGCUUAACGCAAAGGCCCCAAUCCCUGAGACUGGACCUUGUGCAGUUGUUCGAGACAUGGACGAGCUGAAGGCUGCCAAGCUGAUCAAAAGGAAGAGGCCGGAACUGAAGAAGUGGAUUGGCAGGGACCCCACGUACCUGCUCGACUACUUAAACCGCAUGGAUUUGAUCUCUCGUGACAUAUACCACGGGGCCCGCGACAUCACGGUGAAAGUGGAGCGUGCCAACUUUUUGAUUGACCAGUUCAUCGACAGGGAUGAGUGCCUCAAGCUCUGGAGGGCUCUCGAAAGCCUGCAGGACCACUACCCCCAGCUGGAGGAGUGGAUCUCAGCCUGUGCAUCGACCAUGCCUCACACUUGUGUUCGAGACAUGGAUGAGUCGAAGGCUGCCAAGCUGAUCAAAGGGAAGAGGCCGGAACUGAAGACGUGGAUUGGCAGGGACCCCACGUACCUGCUCGACUACUUGGACAGCAGGGAUUUGAUCUCUCGCGACAUAUACAAGAGGGCCCGCGACAUCACGGUGAAAGAGGAGCGCGCCAACUUUUUGAUCGACGAGUUCAUUGACAGGGACGAGUUCCUCAAGCUCUGGAGGGCUCUCGAAAGCCUACAGGACCACUACCCCCAGCUGAAGGAGUGGAUCUCAGCCUGUGUGUUAACCACACAUCACGCUUUUGAAAAAGCUCCGGGACGUGACGCGAACGUUCACUACAGCACCACUCCUGCUGGCGAGGUGGCGGCGAAUGAGGAGGCCUUCAGGAGACUGACCGCUUGCUCGGACGAGCAACUGCUCGAUGGCAUAAAGAAAAAUAUGAUGGCGCUGGUCGAGGCUAUCGAGGGAGAUGUGAGGCCGGUGUUGACGAAGCUGUUUGAGAAGGAGAUCUUCACAAUUGCCGAGAUGAAUGCUGUCUCGACCACUCAAACAAAUAAAAGUGGCUCUGAAGCUGCAUCUCAACUGAUAACGAUGCUGCUCCAUAAGGGUGACCGUGUGGCCAGAGAAUUCUGGAUGGCCCUCUGGAAUUUGAAGACAAACUAUCCGCGGAUGCCCAAGAUCUUUGAGAAUGUACUCUUGAUCAUCGAGCCCGCUGUUUGAUGUCUGCAAGACGCAGACAUCAAACAGCGGGCUCCAACUUUUAAAAUAACAAAAAAUAAUGUUUUGUUGUUGUUGUUGUUUGUUUAACUGGAUGUAAGCCACGUAAUGAUAGCAGCUCUGUGUCCCUAUGGGUCUCUGUGGGUCUCUAUGGGUCUAUACAGAAAGAAGAAAAAGGAGAAACAUGAACUUGACACUAACUCACUAUUUGUUUCAUUUUAAUAAAGUAAUUGUUUUAUCCGAUCGUGGACGUUUCCUAGAUAUUUGAUACGCAUUUGAUGUGAACGCAUUCUGUGCGAAUAUUGACACUUUGAGGUGUUGCCUAUAAUUUAGGUUUAAUCACGUGAUCCUGAGAUUUGCCCAUUGAUGCUUUUAUGAUCAUCCAGUACGGAUUGAUGAGUACGUACAUUUGCAUGGGAACUUUUAUAGGAAUUCUGAUGGUAAGAGGUGGUGGAUGUUAGGGCAAGUUGUAUUAAUAACAUUUUAUCACAAUAUAUACACCAUCAUGCAGAGUGUUACACCUCCCAACACACUGCUCAAGUGUCCCUGGGGGUUUCAAGAGGCCAGCAAACCCUUGAACACCUACCUCUCAAUUGCUAAAGGAAAAAAAGCCAAGACAAUAUCCUAACUUCGCCAACAGACACACGCGCGCCUUGUAGGGACUAAGUCUUUGAUCCACAAUGAAACGAUGAUUAUGCUGAUUAUAUGUGUAAUGUGAGGUUAUAUCCGGGUCAUUGACGUAUCACAACUCGUCAUGAUGAUUGGCUCUGCCAGUCCUGGUCUAUAGCCAAUGGGGGGGAAGCCUAGGGGCGUGGCCCUGACGUAAUGGAAAGGUGACAGCUGUAAGGAUUGGUUCUGCUGGCUUUGGCCACAGCCAAUGGGGAGAUGAGUCAGGGGCGUGGUCCCGGGAGCUUACGAGGGAGCCUGGAAUGUUCCAUGGAGGCUAACCAGGAUUGGUGGAAACGUACCACGUGACCCGGGUAUUAAAUAGGGGUGGAGACGAACGACACGUGGUCAGGACGGGAACGAACAGAGGAAGGGGGCCACGCGGGAGCGGGGCUCCGGGUUGCCACGUGGCGGUGUGUCUCUCUCUGUCUAUCUGUCCCUCUCACGCUGCCUGUCAGCAGCGUGAAGGAAAGCUGUAAUACAAGUUGAAUAAAAGACGGAUUCCAGAA